ACAACCAUCGUUCCUGUAUAUGUGUCCACUGCACUUGUUGUUACCGGUGUGGUGGAUGCUUAAGAAAAGAAACUGUGUCGAAAAAAGAAGAUAAGAUAGGAAAGAAAAGAAAAGAAACUGUCCCGAAAAAAAGUGGAUAGGAUAUUAUGUGAUGUUUCUUUAAAAAUGGUCUGACAGAGACUAUUCAUCCUGCAUUUGGCUGUAUCUGCUCCAUGACUUACCUGGCAGGCAUGACCCUCUCACAGCAAAGAUAAACCUGCAUCCUCCAGCCUUUAACCGCCUCUGGUUAUCACUACGGCCACAGUUUUUCAGAACAUAAGAUGGAAGAAAUCGAUUCUGGGAGAGUCAAGUCCUUGCCAGAAGAUUCAAAUGUCCUGUCCACAUAUUCUGCUGACUCCAUCAAUAUUGACGAUGGUCGUUAUAAUGCGCUGCGUGAAGAUCUGGAAGCAGAUGCUCGGGAUUUUGAAGCUCCCACUUGGAGUUUAGCUGUUGACCAGCAUUAUUUGAAAAACUAUUCCAAAGAUGCCAUUAAAAGGCAGGACGUAAUACAUGAGCUGAUUCAGACUGAAAUAAACCAUGUGCGGACGCUAAAGCUGGUUUUGGGCGUAUACGUGCGAGAACUGCGUGAGACCCUGCAAAUGGAUGAGACGCGAUUGGAAAGGCUCUUUCCACAGGUGGAUAACCUGCUGCUGGUGCACAAGCUUUUCCUCAACCGCCUUAAACAGCGAAGAGUCGAUUCCAUGGAGGCAGGCAGUACCCAGAAUUACUGCAUCCACAGUAUUGGAGACAUCCUCAUCGCACAGUUCUCAGGUGAAAUGAGAGACAGACUGCAAUACUGCUAUGGAGUGUUCUGCAGUCACCAUACCGAUGCAGUCAACUUCUCUAAAGACUUAAUGCAAAACAAGAAGUUCCUGGCUUUAAUAAGAAAAAUACGUCAGUUGUCCAUUAUACGAAGAUUAGGAAUACCAGAGAUUAUUCUCCUUAUAACGCAGCGCAUCACAAAGUAUCCAGUUCUGUUUGAACGUGUCAUUAAAUACACUGAAGUUGACUCAGAGGAACAUAAGAACUUGGUACGAGGUCUAGACUUGCUGAAAGAGACCAUAUCACAAGUGAAUACUCAUGUGGACGAGUUUGAGAAAGCGGCAAGGCUAAGGGACUUGAGCAGUAAGCUGGAGCCUAAGUCUCAGGUCAAGAUGACCCACGGGCGAGUGUUCCGCAGAGAAGACAUGGUACAGGGCGAGAGGAGGCUGCUUCACGAGGGCAUGCUCAACUGGAGGUUAACUUCUAACAAAAGCAAAGAUGUCCUUGUCUUGCUGUUGUCAGAUGUUUUGCUGCUGUUACUGGAGAAAGAUCAGAGACUUACCUUUGCCUCUCUGGAUGGUAAGCCUGCAGUGAUUUCACUGCUGAAGCUCAUUGUGCGUGAAGUGGCUCAUGACGAGAAGGCCAUGUUUCUGAUCUCCGCAUCCUCGGACACUCCUGAGAUGUACGAGUUUCACACCUCCUCCGGAGAGGAGCGCAACAUCUGGCGAGACAAAAUCUGGAAGGCCGUGGAAUGCUGUCCAGAAGAUGAGGAAGAGGAGCCAGAAGAACUGUCUGUGAGGAUCCGGGACUUUCAAAUGAAGCUUUCUAUGCGGGAUGCAUUGAUAGAGCAGAACCUUACAGAAAAGCUGAGGUUAUUCACCGGCAUUGCAGCCUAUGUGACAGGUGUUACUGACAGCUCACCAAGUGAGCGCCAUCUGCUGCGUUGGAAUGCAACAGACCCCCUGCAGGGGGAACAACUUCUCGCCAGAGCCCUAAAAGAUGUGGAGAUUUUACAAAACUUGCUGGUAACAUGUGAGCAGGGCCAAACUCCUCCUCCUGGUGAGGGGAUGGAUCUGGUGCCACUACCCAAGAGACCUGAUGCUUUCAGAGGCUUUGAGAGCGAUACCUACAUGCUACCUGGAAAUGGUAUUGCGAGUUUAGUGGAAAGAUCGAGGGAUAGAAGUCAGUGGUCCAUCCCUCAGCUCAGAGAGCUUUAUUCUAAUGAGAACCUGGAGCUGUCGGCAGAUGAGGAGAUAACUCUAGAGAGCUGGAAUGCGUAUCUGUCAGUCUUCUUCCCUAAAGCAGAGCUUUAUGACAUUGUAACUAAAUUGUCUCAGAAACUUUACAGCCUUCAGUCCAUCGUCCAGCAGCAAGAGAGCCACAUCGAGGUGCAACGCGCCACUAUUGAGGAGCUGAUGUCCAGACCCAGGGGCAACUCACUCCUGGAGAAGGAAAAGCAUCGGAACCUAGAAAAGCAGCGCGAGGAGCUGGUCAACUUCCAGCGGCUCCAGAAUCAGCACCGACAGGAGCAGCAGCAGUGGGAGCAGCAAAGAGCCUGGCAGAGGGAGCAGGCAGAGAUCAGGGAGAAGGAGCUGAGGGAGAGAGAACUGGAAUGCAGCAAACAGGAAGAAAAGCUGGCGGAAGACAAUCAGGAACUGGCCAGGGGCAGAGCGCAAUACCAGGAGGAUCUGGAGCGCCUUCGAGACUCUACACGUAAUGUGGAGAGGGAGAAAGAAAAGCUGGAGCAGUUGGAGAAGAAGUUUAAGAAGUAUGAGAAGAAUGAAAACAUACCCAAAAUUGCCAUCUUUCCCCUGGAGAAUGAACAGAUACAGUUACCUCCUCCACCCUACCCUAUAUUGAAUGUGGUUACUCCCAGCUUUGAAGAGAGGCCUCCCCUGGUACCACCACGCAGGGAGAGCAUCACAGCCCCUCCUGUUAAAGCAGAAGUGCCCAUCCACCUCAUUAGUACCACCAACCAAUCCCACAAAGCCGGCUCUGUCCAACAGAAGAUCCCCACUAAGCUGGCCGCUCAACCUAAAGGCAAGGAGAAGCACAGCAAGCACAGGAACUCCCACCAGCGCACCAACAGCGCAGCUGGCAUAGAGGUGUCUCAGUUACUUCCCAUCAAAGUUACGGGAAAGGAAGGAGGCAGUUUAAGAGCCAUGAGAUCCAACAGUCCUCACCAACUCCGCCCAGAUAUCUUUAUGCCACCAGAGAAGUCAUCUAGCUCUGUGCCCUCUUAUUCAGGAAAUGCCAUCAGGAGGCACAACACCACUCAGAACACACACAGUACCCAGCCAGUGCAACGUAAACCCAAAGACAAUGCAGUUGCAGAAGACAUUUAUUUCUUUUAAUGUCCCUGUGUGAUCUGUAGGACUACAACAUGAAUGCAGAGGGUUUUUUCCUCUCUAACAUGACCUGCACUGACUCAAAUGUAUUUUUUAAAGAAAUGAAACAGUCUUGGUUGUAGUCUUAAUCAUGAUUUCUGUUUUUACUCUUAUUUUUACCUUUAAUAUUUGGGAGGAAUCAUUCCUGGCAGUACUUAGUUUUAUGGCUCUUACAUUAACCCUUUUUCCUAAACAGUCUGUUUCCUGACAAUCACAGUAUCAUGUUCAGUUCUCCAUUACAGAGUGGUCUUUGUCUUAACAAUUUGUCAUUCCUGUAAAUAGCUGUUUUUAGUUAUUUAUUGUGAUUUUUAUUUCAGGGAUGUUUGGCCCCAUAAGCGUUACACUGCAAAAGUCUUCGUGUUCUUCUCUGGACUCUUUAUAGGAUGUAUGUAAUCAAGAACUUCUCAGCUGUGACAUUUAAAAAAAAAUAU